AUGUCAAAACAACAGCCGAGCAACGGUGUUUAUACCAGUCAGUCACCAAUGAAAGCUUGGAAUCGAAAUCAGCCAUCGCCACAGACAAUUGUCACUGCAGCUGAACCAUCAACAAUAACUGACCAUUGUGAUCAUACUGAAACUAUAUGGCGUGUUAUGAUUGAUAUUGUUUGCCUUGCAAUAUUAACUACUAUAACGGUUAUAUCGCAUUAUAUUGCUAAACCUUUUACACGUGGUUUCUUUUGUUCGGAUACAUCGAUAAAAUAUCCAUAUAAAGACAACACUAUACCAACGUAUGCUGCAGUUAUUCUUUCAAUUGUCCUUCCCGUUAUGUGGUUUACAGAACUUUGUAAACUAUGCUAUUUUAAACAAUAUCCCAAAACACCAUAUCGAAUACGUUUAGAAGUAUGUAGCGGAAGACCAAUAAAUAUUCCACCAAUCGUUCGUAAUUUAUACAUUCUUACUGUGAUAUUUGCUUAUGGUUACCUUGCAACAUGGGUAUUAACUGAAAUAGCAAAAAAUUUUGUUGGAGAAUUACGACCACAUUUUCUUGCUGUAUGUCAGCCAACCCUUGAUUGUGCAAGUUUAACAUCAUUAUAUCAAUUUAAUUCUUAUCUACAAUAUGGAAAUAAUUAUACAUGUCAAAGUACAGAUGAUUCAAGUGUACGAGAAGCACGUCGAUCUUUCUUUAGUGGACAUACUGCACCACUAUUUUUUGGCUUUACGUGGUUAAUUAUGUAUAUACAUAUAUCAUGGUCUUGGCGUCAUCUUGGUAUUCUUGGUCAUUUAUUUCAAGUUGGUAUUGCUAUCCUUGGAUGUUAUGUUGGAUAUACACGUAUAAGUGAUUUUCAUCAUCACUGGCAUGAUGUAUUUGUUGGUGGUAUAGUUGGAUCAUUAAUUGCUUUUGCAACAUUUAGAUUUAUUCUUAAUUGGCGUCAUUAUAGUCCACGUUUUUUACCGUAUAUCGGAGUUUCUAAUAAAACAAACCCAACAGACCUACAAAAUGCAGGAAUAUCAGCAAAUCAUGCUUAUCGUAACAAUUCAGAUAUAGCACUCGGUGUAGAACAACAACCUGAACGUGUUCCUUUAUACCGUCAUCGAAAAUCAUCAUCAAGCGAAGAUAUACAAAAAAUGAAUAGUUAUUCAUCACGUCAAAAGCAAUACGACGAUGAAUCAGUCGAAACCAAGCAGCUUCAUAAACCGGACGUAGCAAUACUAAGGGGUUCUAAUAAUCAAAAAAUAUUAAAACCAGUUUCAUUAUUAAAAAUAGUCUUCGAUGGUCUUGCACUUAUAAUCGUACUUUCUGCAUGGUUAAUUUUUAAAUAUUUUGUUAAACCAGUUCGACGAGCAUUUUUAUGUUCAGAUUUAAAUUUAUAUCAUCCACCACCAGAAAAAAAAGUUUUUCCAACUUGGCUUUUAUUUAUUUGUGCUAUUAUUAUACCAUUAGUGGUUAUUUUUCUAUCGGAAACUAUUCGUUGGUUUUAUUUACAUCGUAGAAAAGUAGCUAAAGUAGUUUAUGAACUUCAAAUUCGUACAAAAGUUUAUAAGAUUCCAGAAUGGUUCGGAAAUCUUUAUAUUAUCAUUGGUGUUUUUCUUUUUGCUAAUUGUGCUAAUUCGUUUUUAACUAAUAUUGGCAAAGUCGCUGUUGGUCGAUUACGACCACAUUUUAUUCCAUCAUGUUUUCAAAAAUAUUCUUAUAAAGACUUUUGUGGUGAUCCAAAUCAUUGGAUUGUUGAUUAUGUAUGUCUUGGAGAAUUAAGUAGUGCUAUUAAAGAAAAAGAUGGUGCUUAUGAUAUUCGUCAAUCGUUUCCAUCGGGUCAUGCAUCAUCAGCCUUCUGUGGUUUAAUCUUUUUGGCUUUUUAUAUUCAUAAAGUCUGGAAUUAUCGUAAUUUUGGUCUAUUUCCAUAUCUGAUGGAAAUGGGUUGUUUUGCUUUAGCUUCAUAUAUUGGUAUUACACGUAUUACGGACAAUCGUCAUCAUGCUACAGAUGUUCUUGGUGGUGCCAUUCUAGGGACUACGGUUGCUUUUAUUGCUUUUCGAUAUAUGGUCGGUUCAUUUAAACGGUUCGUUCGACCAGAUCUUGCUGCUGAAUCAUCGACAUAUUGA